AUGGCAAAGCUGCUGGCAACGUUUAAAGCCAUUCUGACGAGGAUUCUGUUUGCCGCCCACGGGUUUAUUGCUAUCUGGCAAGUGACCCAAAACAAAACUGAUCCCAUCUCCCCCAAAUCUCCCAUUAAUAUCUACUGGAGUCUGUGUGCUCCGAUCGGCGUGCUUUGCAUCGAAGGCAUCUUUACGCUGGCGAUCAAAAAGAAUCAGGAAUGGCGCUGGUUUUGUCCGUCGGUAUUUCUGUAUCUGUCCAGCAUCGUACCAGCGAUUUGGUUGUUGGAGCUGGAUAAGCUGGACAAACGGACCCGCUACCAGGACCAGAUGCUGAACGAGACAAUCAAUCUGGUGGCCACGGUCGGCAAGGAUCUCAAGGAUCUGAACAAGAUGCUCGGCGUGAAGAUUCAGCUGCCGGAUAUCCAGCUUACUGCCGAGAUGUGGGUUACACUGAUUGAGCAGUUCCUAAUGCUGGUGCUGAUAAUCGGUCGCUGGAUGUUACCGAAAGGAGACCUGACCCGCGACCAGCUAAGCCAGCUGCUGCUCGUCUACAUCGGCACGGCGGCCGAUAUUAUCGAGUUUUUCGAUUCGUUCAAGGAUGCAAAGAUAGCCAACGAGCCGGUGCUGGUUCUGCUGACGCUCAGUAUCUGGUCCUGGAGUUUGCUUCAGUUCACCAUUGUCCUGUCGGCUACGCGCGCCCGGAAACCUCGCGGUGCUGGCGGUGCCACUCAGGCGGACCAGGACGAUACCGAUUGUUGCAACGUGGCGUGCUGCAACAUCGACGUGUGGGGAAUAGCGCUCAACAUUCUGCUGCAGGACGCACCGUUCCUGACCUUCCGGCUCCUGAUCAUCAUUCACUAUAAAAUCAUCACCUACAUGAACAUCUUCUUCACCUGCAAAAAUACGCUGGUGAUCCUGCUGCAGCUGUACCGGCUUUAUGUGGUGCAUUCCGAAAACCGAAAGGCAGCAGCCUCCAAGCAGCGCAGCUCCAAGGUACGGGGCAGGAUCGAGGAAAGGUCCGGGCGCCAACAGAAGCAGCGAAAAGUCAGCAGACGGCGAAAAGUUGCCGACAUCGCCGAUGAUGAGGUGGACGAAGGCGGAAAGCGGUCGAAGCGCUCGAGCCGGAAAAAUCGGUCCACCACGUCCCGCAAGGACACGGGGUAUUCGACGGCCAGCAGCCAAACCACGGCCGAGCAGCGCCGUGCACGUCACCGGAAACCACUCAAAUCUCGGACCGACACCCCAGAUGGCGGGGAUGACGCGUCGUUUCCGCCGCCACCGGCCCUUGCGCCCGACGACGAAGGGCAAUGCUCGGAGGGAUCGCCCGCUCCGAGUCGACGGUCCAAGGACUCGAAGGAAAGAAAAUCGUCUCGCCAACCCGACGGCAAGGCACAAGGUGGCCAGCGGAAGAAAACCAGCGCUUGCAGUGAUGAAGACGAGCAUCGGGACGGUGUGACGUCGGCCAGCGGAAAGCAUUCGCGAAAACGGCGAACGGGUCCGAGCGAGUCCAGCGGGUUCGAGGUUAUCCACGAAAAACCUCCGAGUGGUCGUAAAAAGAAAACCAAACCGGCGGAAAGCUCAUCGUCGUCUAGCUCGUCCUCUUCGUCAUCGUCGUCGUCGUCCGCCUCUGGAUCGUCAUCCGGGACAGAGUGA